AUGUCAGCGACGAGUUCAAGGGAGCGCACCGCGUCAGCGAGCGAGCAUGAUAUGGAGCUGGGGAAGUCGUCCAGCAUGGACGCCGCGCCUGCGACCGAGUCGUCGCAUGCCCGCUUGCUGGACGGCAGCCAGGCAGCGGCGGCUGCGAGUCAGUUCCUGCACAGCGCGGGCCAUGCGAACUCAGGUGCGAUUGCGGCUGUGCUGAGCUACUGCGUCGCGAGUAUUUCCAUGACCGUGAUUAACAAGUAUACCGUGUCCGGCGAGAAGUUCACCAUGAACCUGCUGGUGCUGCUGUGCCAAUGCGUGGUCGGUGUCGUGAUGGUCUAUGUCGCCAAGCGUUUCGGGCUCAUCCAGAUUCGCGAGCUGAACAAGCGCGACGUAAAAACGUGGUUCCCGAUCUCGACGAUGCUGGUAUUUGUCAUCUACACCGGCAGCAAGGCACUGCAGCAUAUGGACAUUCCCAUCUACACUAUCUUUAAAAACUUGACCAUCAUUCUCAUUGCGUACGGUGAGCUCCUGUGGUUCAACGGCCGCAUCACGCCCAUGGUGUUUAUGUCAUUCGUGUUGAUGGUGCUCUCAUCGGUCAUUGCCGCCUGGCCUGACAUCUCGCGACCAGCGACCAAGACGCUGUAUUCGCGUGCGAUCGAGUCGCUGGCCAUGUAUACGGGUGUCCCGCAUCCUACAUCAGGCUGGGGCAACGGCAUCCCAGCGCCCCAGUCGCACCACCCGUCCGUGACGAGCACGCGCCCGCACAUGUACCAUGCGCCCGACGUGUCGCUCGCCGAGUCUAUGGCCAAGCAAGCAGCGGCGGCCGCUGCCGCUGCGCCGCCUUCGAACUCGUGGUCGACGAAUGGCUACGUCUGGAUGCUGGCGAAUUGUCUCAUUAGCGCGACCUAUGUGCUCAUCAUGCGAAAACGCAUCAAGGUCACAGGCUUCAAAGAUUGGGAUACCAUGUUUUACAACAACCUGCUGAGCAUUCCUGUGCUCCUUGUCAUGUCGCUCCUCGUCGAGAACUGGAGCGCCAAGACAUUUGAGCACAACUUCCCUGCUGAGAAGCGUUCGACGCUCAUCUUUGCGAUCCUGCUUUCGGGCACAGGUGGCGUCUUUAUCAGUUACACGACAGCCUGGUGCAUCCGUGUCACGAGCAGCACUACAUACAGUAUGGUGGGCGCGCUAAACAAGCUGCCACUGGCGUUGAGUGGCAUCCUGUUCUUUGGAAAUGCCGUCACGCCAUACAACUCCACUGGCAUCGCAGUCGGCUUCAUUGCCGGUAUCGUGUAUGCCGUAGGAAAGAACAAGCAGGCAGAGGCCGCUCGUCUUGCCAAUACCGCCGCUACAGGCUCAACGCUUCAUGCAGCUCCGAGCGGUGGUCACAAGUCAGAUCUCAAGGGCGAAAUGCCCCUCCAUACGCGCUCGCAGUCAUAG